GCCGGCCGGCCCGGGAGGGGUGCGCGCCGGCAGCGGGCGCGAUGGCGGCGGACGGGGACUGGCAGGAUUUCUAUGAGUUCCAGGAGCCGGCCCGGAGUGUCCAGGACCAGGAGAACUGUAACGCGAGUCCUGAGGCCGAAGCUGGGGCACCCGCGGGCGGAGACAGCUUCCCGGCCUUGGCCUGCAGCCUGGAGGAGAAGCUGAGCCUGUGCUUCCGCCCCUCGAAGGACGCCGAGCCCCCGCGGACGACCGUGCGGCCCAUCACGGAGCGCAGCCUUCUGCAAGGCGACGAGAUUUGGAAUGCCCUGACAGAUAAUUACGGGAAUGUCAUGCCGGUAGACUGGAAGUCGUCCCAUACGAGGGCUUUGCAUUUGCUUACUCUGAACCUCUCCGAGAAAGGGAUGAAUGACGGCUUAUUCUUUGACACCUCAGAUGAGGAGGAGCUGAGGGAGCAAUUGGAUAUGCAUUCGAUCAUUGUCUCCUGUGUCAACGAGGAGCCCCUCUUCACUGCAGACCAGGUUAUUGAAGAAAUUGAAGAAAUGAUGCAGGAAUCACCGGACCCAGAAGAUGAUGAGACCCCUACACAGUCAGACCGGCUGUCUAUGCUAUCCCAGGAGAUUCAGACUCUGAAGAGGUCUAGCAUGAGCAGCUAUGAAGAGAGAGUGAAAAGGCUCUCGGUGUCCGAGCUAAAUGAACUGCUGGAAGAAAUCGAGACAGCCAUCAAGGAGUAUUCUGAGGAGCUGGUGCAGCAGUUGGCCCUGAGAGAUGAACUGGAGUUUGAGAAGGAAGUGGAAAACAGCUUUAUUUCUGCUCUGAUUGAAGUGCAGAACAAGCAGAAAGAAAACAAAGAGACAGCCAAGAAGAAGAAGAAGCUCAAAAAUGGCAGCUCUCAGAAUGGAAGGAACGAGAGAAGUCACAUGCCAGGCACAUAUUUGACAACAGUCAUCCCUUACGAGAAAAAGAACGGCCCGCCGUCUGUCGAGGAUCUUCAGAUAUUAACAAAAAUUCUGCGUGCCAUGAAGGAGGACAGUGAGAAAGUUCCAAGCUUGUUAACCGACUACAUCCUGAAAGUUCUGUGUCCUACAUAGAGCAGCGUUACGUGGGAGCGCGUCCCCUUCUGUGGACUCCAGGCUUGAUUUCCUACGGUGUCACUCUGGAAGGUGGCAAUCGUGAGUCCCUGCUGCUUUUGGAGACCCAGCACACUUGAACUUGGAUUUGCAAUUCAGUGUUACUAGAUCACGACUUCACAGUCUGUCAUUUUAUAGCACCGAGAGAGCGAGCUGUGGCACUCUUGAAUUCUGGAGAUAGGUUUUUGGAAAACAUGGUUCCUAAGUGAGCAGAGUCGAGGAAAGAGCUAAGAACUGGGCACGCCAUUAUCCUUUUCCUUAAUUCAGUGUGGCUGUUAGCGUUUGACUUCCUCCGUCAGAACUGCACUGAAGAACUGCAUUAAAGCACUGGGAGAGCCAACCAUAGUUGUUCUCCAGUCAUGGUGAGAUCAGUGUUGAGUGUUUAGAGCAUCUUCUAUUACCUGCCAGUAUUGCCCAGAGACAGACCGGCUGUGGACUGGUGUGACACAGAACGCCGUCACCUGCCCUGCUUUGGUCUAAUGGUGGACACUGGACACUAUUGAAAACUAAGUUUGUAACUUUUACCUAUUGCACCAUUGUUGACGUGUGAGCCAUUAGGAUGUCAUUCGGAAUCAUUAUGUCCUUGGGUGUUCUGUGUCCGUGAAGAAGUGUACUUUGAAAGGGGUCCAUGCCCUCUAAGGUGCUUAAGGAGCUACUAUGGUACUGCCUGUUCAGAUGGCUGUGUUCAGUUUUAUUUACACCUGUGUGCUUUUCUAGAAAAAUACUGCUCACGGCUACACUAAUCAUGAACACUUUUGCCAGUUUCAAUCAAGUCGAUAUUUAAUAAAAUAAUACAUACUUAAGA